ACUCUGCGACGUUGCCAACUUUAUUGACUUAAGUACAAACGAAGACAAAACGUACGCGUGUGGAGUGGAACUUACAGCCGGUAGCUUUUUCAUUAAACAACACGCGAGACCUUGUGCGUUUUCGAUUUCCAUAGCAUACAAUUGAUUAAAAAAUAAUGUGGCAAACAUAAUUAUACUGAGUCUUUGUGAUAAAAACCGAAUCGCAUGAAAAGUGACAGUGUUUUAGUGAAAAAAUAUUAAUUCCAAUACUUAAAGCUUACUGCUCGAGUAUUUGCAAUCUUAGAGAAAGGACAUGAUUUCAACAGCUUUUGGAACGCAGGAAACAUUUUGAAGUGACCAAAGAGGCAUAAAAUAACUGGUUGACCGCAAGCUACGAUUGUAACAUGGGGGAUCGGGGCGCGACGGGGGACGCUUGGGGUGCGCGCGACGAUGCCUCGUGGUGGCCGGGUGGCGCAGGUGAACUACAGCAUCAACAACAAUUACAUGAGGAGAUUGCAAGAAGCACCGCUGCUUCAACUCAUCAGUUGUAUACAUACAAAAUGACUGGUGGCUUCUCGAACAACGGUGGUGAUACAUCCACCCCGAGCUAUGAUUACCGCAUAAUGUCAAAUGCAAACGCUAGAGAAGAAUCUCAGCAACCAUGGUGGUACGCAUCAGGAUCUGUAGAGUCGCAACAAACAUCUUCUCCUACGCCACAAAGUCAGUCAAGUCCUGAUUCUGAACAAAACAAUCAGCAGGCCAAUGGUAUACAACAGAACCACCAGACUUUGCAGCAAGUACAGCAGGAGCAAAACCAGGCUAUCCAACAGCAACAGCAGAAUCAACUGCAACAGCAAUUGCAACAACAGCAAAAUUUGCAACAAGCUAUUCAGCAACACAACCGUACAUUGCAACAGACUUUGCAGCAACAGCAGCAAAGUCAGCAGGAGACUUUGCAGCAAAUGUUACAGCAGCAUCAGCAACAACAUCAGCAGCAGCAACAGCAACAACAGCAGCAGCAACAACAACAGCAGCAACAGCAACAGCAGCAGCAACAACAGCAACAGCAGCAGCAGCAGCAACAACAGCAGCAACAGCAACAAGCUCUGCAGCAGAGUCUCCAACAGACUCUGCAAGUAAGCCCUGCACAGGCUCAAGCCAUUGUGCAGGCUCAGGCAGCUCUGCAACAACAAGUUGCUCAAACUCUGCAGCAACAGCAACAGACUCUGCAUGAACAGUUGCAAGCUGUGCAACAGCAACAAAUUCAAGCUGCUUUACAACGGCAGUCUGCUACAUUACAGGAACUGCAGCACCAAGCUCAACAGCAGGCAUUAAUAGCUCAGGCUCAAGCUACCGUCAAACAGAAGAUGCCUAGAGCAAGGGCGUAUAACAAGCCAAGGGGGCGUAUGACUGCAUAUGCGUUCUUCCUACAAACGUGCCGUGAAGAACAUAGGAAGAAGCACCCGGAUGAAAAUGUUGUGUUUGCUACAUUCUCCAAGAAGUGCGCUGAGAGGUGGAAUACGAUGUCAGAGAAGGAAAAGCAGCGUUUCCACGAGAUGGCUGAACAAGACAAGAGGAGGUUCGACUUAGAGAUGCAGAGUUACGUGCCACCGAAAGACAUCAAGGUGCGCGGGCGCAAGCGGCAACAGAUGAAGGACCCCAACGCGCCGAAGCGAUCGCUGUCAGCAUUCUUCUGGUUCUGCAACGACGAGCGUUCGAAGGUGAAGGCCAAUAACCCAGAGUAUACUAUGGGUGACAUUGCUAAGGAACUCGGCAGGCGUUGGGCAGCGGCCGACCCUGAAACCAAGUCAAAGUACGAGAGCCUAUCAGAACAAGACAAGGCGAGAUAUGACAGAGAAAUGACAGCAUACAAGAAGGGCCCUCUGGCGCUAACGCAGCAGCCGCAAGCCGUGAUCGUCAACGAAGUCGACGAGGACGGCGACUUCGACGCCGAGGAGGAGUACAAGUGAAGUCGCCGACUUCCAGCCGUGUGCUCCUGGCCGCGUGCACAGCCAAGAGACAGACAACAUCCACUGUCCCUUGUGCACACAUUUUAAAGUUAACCUUCCUACAGUCGACCCCUAACUUUUUGCCUACAAUUUUUAUAUUAUAUACUCCAAUAUUUUUAUACAACGACUGGUCAUUUGUACAGCUAUUCGAUAGUUAAUGCUUAAUUUUAUUUUUGUGUCCACGUGGAGGAUUUCGUGUCUUUAUUUCCAUUUGGGAAGUUUGCGAUGGCUUGUUGGAGUGAACUUUGAAAUUAUAAGUAUAAUUUUGUUGUUGUUAGACUAUCUUUAGUUUUCCGUUUCGACAUUGUUUUUGUUGUCGAAUAUUCUUAUUGUAGGAGCGAUCGUGAAGCGGAUUCUUCGGGAACCGCGGACGGCGUGAGCAAGUAAAGCAACCUGUGUAUUGUCUCAAAGGUCGGGUUGAAGGGGCCUUAUAAUUUGAAUCAUCGUAACAGCAAUAGUUAAUGUAUGGAACAAAGUAUAGGUUAAAAAGUCCAUCGAAAGAAAAUAAAAUUAAGUGGAUAGUAUUUCAAGUUAGUAAAUUUAGGUGUAAGUUCGAAACGCGAGAGUGAGUGAGAUUUUGUUAUUCGUGAUGAGAAAAUGUAUAGUUAAUAAAUUAUAUUCCUUUAUUGACCUUAGAUUAUUUUAUGUUAUUAAUAUUUUUUUAUUGUUUAAGUAAUGUGACCUUGUUUAAAUUUAAAAUACUAUCAGAAAUUCGAAUAUUUGAUUUAAUGACAGACAUAAUGAAAUAAAACUGUAAAGAAUUAUGAAUUCUUGUGUUAAAAUGAAAUUGUUUAGUCGCCCUGUAGUCGUCUAUUGUUUUUACUUUUACGUCGUAAAAGCGUAAUGUAUUUGUGUACAUAAAAAGGACUGCAAACCGUGAUAGUACUUAAAUUCGUAGGACAUCUAGGUUCCAUUACCGUCUAUAGAAUAAAUGCUAGAAUAUCCUACCUUUGCUUACUGUACUUGUUAAAAAAAUCAUUUGACUGUUUUUAUUUUGGAAAGUUGGUUUUAUCUUUCACGAUUAAGCAAUUAUUUAAGCAAUUCCACGAAAUUAGAACCGUGUCGUAUUAAAGUUAGUGGAAAGGAAAACGAGAAAAUAUUUUAAGUCGUUCUUAGUGUAAUAGGGGCAAUAUUGUUUUGAAAUUGAUAAAUGCUCACUGUACAAAACAAUAUAGUGAAUCUUUUACACAAA